AUGAUCGAGCUGUUACUGGAUCAAAAUAUUGAAACUGGUGACGCAAUACUAUACGCGAUUGGCGAAGAAAAUGUUGAGGCUGUUGAAAUUAUAUUAGAGCACUUGGAAAAAAUUGAAAAAUUUAAUCCUGAGACGCAGGGAGUUGAAAUUAAUGAACACUCCGCUUUCACGCCAGAUAUUACACCGAUUAUUUUGGCAGCUCAUAAAGACAAUUAUGAGUGCAUAAAACUGUUUUUGGAUAAAAAAGCAACAAUACCUCACCCUCACGAUGUGCGAUGUUCAUGCAAGGAAUGUGUCCAUGCUAAAAGCGAAGAUUCCUUACGACUGUCAAGGUCUCGAAUAAAUGCAUAUAGAGCACUUGCUAGUCCGUCGUGGAUUUGUUUGUCAACAAAAGAUCCGAUUUUAUAUGCUUUCGAACUUAGCUACGAACUUCGUCGGUUAUCCUACAUAGAAAAUGAAUUCAAAAGCGAAUACCAAGAGCUAAGCCAGAGAUGCCAGAAGUUUUCUGUAAAUAUGUUAGACCAGGUACGUGGUUCAAAAGAGUUAGAAAUAGUAUUGAAUCAUACAACUAAUGCUUGGGAAGAAGUUACUGAAAGAAAGAGUUUGAGGCUUUGUCAUCAAUUGGCCAGACUAAAGUUGGCAAUUCAGUUACGCCAAAAGAAGUUUGUGGCUCAUCCAAACUGUCAACAGCUGUUGGCAGCAAUUUUCUAUGAGGGACUUCCAGGUUUCCGAAACAGACAUAUUAUUCUCAAAGUGCUUCUUAUUCUGCUUGUUUCGAUCUCAUUCCCGUUUCUUUCUCUCAUAUAUAUAGUUGCUCCAAAGUCAUCAGUUUCUGAGUUUACACGAAAGCCUUUUAUCAAAUUUUUGUGCCAUUCUGCGUCGUAUUGUUUUUUCUUGUUUUUGUUAAUUCUUGCUAGUCAACGUAUUAACUAUAACUACUUAUUUGGUAAGUCAGAGCAAUUAGGAGGUCAAAUUGAUCCAGAACGGAAGGAAAGACGAGGACCACCAUUCACGCCGGUUGAGUGGGCGAUUUUAGCAUGGGUUUUAGCUUUCAUUUGGGUUGAAAUAAAACAGCUGUGGGAUGCAGGUCUUCAUGAUUACUGUUUUGAUCACUGGAACAUUUUGGAUUUUAUCACAAAUUCUUUGUACCUCUGCACGUUUGCACUGAGGUUUGUAGCUUGGUAUCAGGUUGAAGCUGAAAUGCGGAACCCUUACAUGCGUCACAUUGCUGAGCUGCCUCGCGCAAAAUGGGAUGGAUGGGAUCCAACGCUCAUAUCUGAGUGCUUGUUUGCGACGGCAAAUAUAUUUUCUUCAUUAAAGCUCAUUCAUAUAUUCACUGUGAAUCCACAUCUUGGACCUCUUAAAAUUUCUUUAGGCCGCAUGGUGAUCGAUAUUUUAAAGUUCUUCCUCGUGUACUGCCUUGUUCUAUUUGCUUUUGCUUGUGGGCUUAACCAGCUUAUGUGGUAUUAUUCAGCAAUUAGACAACAGGAAUGUCAAGAAUAUGAAGUACUGGAAAAAGUACAUACGAAGUUAAUCGACUAUAAUGUUAGUUUUUACGAAGCACUUGCAAACCUCUCAGACAUGGCUUCUAAUCCUGUUAUACUAAAAAAAGUUAAAGACAUUAUUAUAAACCCACCUCGAACUUCGGUGGAGCAAGUUCUAGAGAAGAAAAUGGAAAAGCUUCAACUGUCUUGUGACCCAAAGUAUCGGUCUUGCGCGAGCUUGUAUAAGUCUAUGGAAACAUUAUUUUGGUCGUCGUUUGGUCUUAUUGGAUUGGAGCACUUGGAUAUUGUUGAAAGUCACGGACCUACUCAGUGGACUGGUCGAACAAUUUUUGGAAGCUACUGUUGUUGCGCUAUCAUUGUGCUACUGAACAUGCUGAUUGCAAUGAUGAGCAAUUCAUACGAAAACAUAUAUAAUCAAGCAGAUACGGAGUGGAAAUUCGCACGAAGCAAGUUGUGGAUUGAGUAUUUCGACGAUACAGCAACCUUACCGCCACCUUUUAAUAUGAUUCCCAGCCCAAAAAGCUUCUACUAUGGAGUACGAUGGCUAUGUGAUAAGUGUUGUCAGUUCUCUAGAAAAAUUCAGCAGGGUAAACAUCGAAGCAUGAGGUGCGGUUCUAGUUAA